AUGGCCACCCAGCUCUGCUCCCCGAUGUUCUCCUCUGGGUCUGUCAAAGGCUUCUGUGGCACAGCAGGCCGCAUGUCCCGGAUGUCCUCAGUCCGCUCCAUGGGCUCCUGCAGGGUCCCCAGCAUUGCUGGUGAUGUGGGGACAUCCUCCUCCAUCAGGAUGGGCUUCUCCAGCUAUGGGAGCUGCAUGCCUGGCUCCUACCUGUCCUCCGGGUGCCACUCCUCUGGCUUCCUUGGAAACGGGGCCUGGUUCGGGGAGGGCUCCUUCAACGGCGGCGAGAAGGAGACCAUGCAGUUCCUGAACGACCGCCUGGCCAACUACCUGGAGAAGGUGCGCCAGCUGGAGCGGGACAACGCGGAGCUGGAGGGCCGCAUCCGGGAGUGGUAUGAGUCGCAGAGCCCAUACAUCUGCCCGGACUACCAGUCCUACUUCAAGACCAUCGAGGAGCUCCAGCAGAAGAUCCUAUUGACGAAGGCUGAGAACUCCAGGCUGGUUCUGCAAAUUGACAACGCCAAGCUGGCUGCAGAUGAUUUCCGGACCAAGUAUGAGACGGAGCUCUCCAUGCGGCAGCUGGUGGAGGCCGACAUCAACGGCCUGCGUAGGCUCCUGGACGAGCUGACCCUGUGCAAGGCUGACCUGGAGAUGCAGGUGGAGUCCCUGAAGGAGGAGCUGAUGUGUCUCAAGAAGAACCACGAAGAGGAAGUCAACACGCUCCGCGGCCAGCUUGGGGACCGACUGAAUGUGGAGGUGGAUGCCGCCCCCACCGUGGAUCUCAACAAGAUAUUGGAUGACAUGAGAUGCCAGUAUGAGGCCCUGGUGGAGAAUAACCGUAGAGACGUGGAGUCUUGGUUCAACACCCAGACUGAGGAGCUGAACCAGCAGGUGGUGUCGAGCUCCGAGCAGCUGCAGUGCUGCCAGACGGAGAUCAUCGAGCUGAGGCGCACAGUCAACGCCCUGGAGAUCGAGCUGCAGGCCCAGCAGAGCACUCGGAAUUCCUUGGAAUCCACGCUGGCGGAGACAGAGGGUCGCUACAGCUCCCAGCUGAACCAGAUGCAGUGCAUGAUCGGCAACGUGGAGUCUCAGCUGGCCGAGAUCCGCUGUGACCUGGAGCGGCAGAACCAGGAGUACCAGGUGCUGCUGGACGUCAAGGCCCGGCUGGAGUCGGAGAUCGCCACCUACCGCCGCCUGCUGGAGGGAGAAGACUGCAAGCUGCCAGCCCAUCCAUGUGCCACGGAAUGCAAGCCUGCCAUUCGAGUCCCUUACGUCUCCUCUGGGCCCUGUGCCCCGACUGUGCCCUGUGCCCCAACUUCCCAGAUCAGCACCCAGAUCCGCACCAUCACCGAGGAGAUCAGAGAUGGGAAGGUCAUUUCCUCCCGGGAGCAUGUGCAGGCCCGCCCGCUGUAACCACCCCUUGCCCACCCAGACAGGCUGCAGGAAGGACACCCUGUGGCUUCUGGCUCUGAACAACCCCCCCCCCCGCCUUCCCCAGGGGCUCCCCGCUCAGCAGGUUUUCUGCCAAAAUACCUCUUAGACUGUGUUCCUCCACUUAAUUGCUUUUACGAUGUGCAAAACUAGGUUUUCCUGGAAAUUUACCCAAUAAAGUGUGUUCUCUUGGCAUAGCAAACUC